CUCGAGCUUACUAGCUAGGCGGAGUAGAGUCCGUCGCACUCAACGCUCUGUUUCACACACGCACGCACCCAUCUGAAAGCACGGCGCGACCAAACGCAUCGACCUUUGGUUUGCCCGCGUCUCGUCGCCAUCUUUGUACUACGCCAAUGGCUCUCCGCUGCCUAGCUGCUGCCGCAGUACAGCUUGAUCGUUGCCCGUAACCUCCCGUGGCUCCGAUCCCGUCUCCGGCGCGGCGCGCGGCUCGGCGUUGAGACAGUUUGCCGCCUCAUGUCCCGGGAGCUGGAGCUGCUGCUGUUUUUGCUGGCCCUACGGGCGAGCGGCGAGGUCGUCGCGGGUUCGGCGGAGGCAGCGGCAGCGGCAGCGGCGUGGCCCGCGCUGCAGGUGGGGUUCUACCAUGCCAAGUGCCCUGUCGCGGAGGACGUCGUGCUGGGCGAGAUGAGGAUGAUCCUCGAGGAGGAUCCCACGCUCGCGCCGUCUCUGCUCCGGAUGCACUACCACGACUGCUUCGUCCAGGGGUGUGACGGAUCGAUCAUGCUGAGGUCGAGGAGCGGGAAGGGGGAGAGGGACGCGACGCCCAACCGGAGCAUGCGGGGCUACGACGCCAUCAAUCGGAUCAAGGCGAGGCUGGAGACCGUCUGCCCGCUCACCGUCUCCUGCGCCGACAUCAUCGCCAUGGCGGCGAGAGACGCCGUCUACCUGAGCAAGGGGCCGUGGUACGACGUGGAGACCGGGAGGAGGGACGGCGACGUGAGCGUGGCCGAGUACGCCGAGAACGACCUGGCGCCGCCGGACUCCAACAUCGUCGACGUCAAGACCUUCUUCAGCGUCAAGUCUCUCAACGCCAAGGACAUCGCCGUGCUCUUCGGAUGCCACAGCAUCGGGACGUCGCACUGCGGGGCGUUCCAGAAGCGGCUGUACAACUUCACCGGAAGGAUGGACCAGGACCCGUCGCUGGACGCCGGCUACGCGGCGAAGCUCAAGAAGCUCUGCCCGCCGGGGCACGGCCACGACCACGACCACGACGGCCAUGGCGGCGCCGGCGGCGCGGCCAAGGUGCCCAUGGACCCCGGCAGCGGCUUCACAUUCGACCUGAGCUACUACCGGCACGUGCUCGCCACGGGCGGCCUGUUCCAGUCGGACGGCAGCCUCCGCGACGACCCCGUCACGAGGGGCUACGUCGAGAAGCUCGCCAACGCGUCGUCGUCGGAGGAGUACUUCGCCGACUUCGCGGCGGCGAUGGUCAAGAUGGGCCGCACCGACGUGCUCACCGGCGAUCUCGGGGCGGUCAGGCCGACGUGUGACAGCCUCGUCGACUAGUUUAUUCGGCGUCCCGCCACAUUUGUGAUCUGUAGAAUUUUAUAUGGUUUUCUCUGUAACAUAUAUGUAAUUUCGAUUUAGAUUAGGGAAAGGUUGAGACUUGAGAGAAGUUGCAGUUUCUACGCUUUUGAGGAGACUGAUUGGAACAGCGUAUGAAUCUAGAGUUAAACACUUGUCAGUUGUCAAACUACUACAAACUAAUGAAUCUGUACAGAUGGGCUUGAUGACGAA